ACCAUUGUAAACGCGAGAAAUUUGGUCUGUGAAAAUCGAUUAUGCUCACAUUACCUCUUGUUAAAAUUAAAUUCCAAAUGAACAACUUUAGAAAUCAACAUUUUUUGAACGUGUUACGUACGAAUAGAUGAAACACAAAAAUACAGAGACUAUCUAUAAUUUAAGGCCAUCUUCUGCUUAUUUUUUUCUAUUUCUAUUAUUAGUUGUCAUUGCAGGCGUUUUACUUCUCGAGAACAAGAAGCGGUUUAUGGGCGCCUCCUCUUCUCACGACAUGAAUCCACCAGCUAAAGUGCAACCCAAAGACAAAGCAUCUGCAUCGUUAAUCUUUCUUCAUGGGCUUGGUGAUACUGGCCAUGGUUGGAGUGAAAAUUUUAGAGAAUUCAAUUUCAAAAACAUAAGAUGUAUAUGCCCCCAUGCCCCCCUCAAACCUGUAUCACUCAAUGCCGGAAUGGUUAUGCCUUCUUGGUUUGAUAUACGAGGCUUAGACCAAAAUAGUCCAGAGGAUGAACAAGGUAUCAAAGAUUCUUCAAAAGAAUUGCAGCAGUUAAUAGCUAAAGAAAUUAGUGAAGGCAUACCUCCUGAAAAAAUACUUAUUGGGGGGUUCUCUCAGGGGGGUGCAGUGGCACUAUACACAGCUUUUGGAACAGAUGUUAAAAUUGGCGGAGUUGUGGCCCUCAGUACUUGGAUGCCCAUGAACAAGUAUUUUACUAAUGACAGUAAUACGAAAUACAAUGUUAAUGUUCCAGUGUUACAGUGUCAUGGUACAUCGGAUCCCAUUGUUUCAUUUAGGUGGGGACAGGCAACUCAUGAAAUAAUAAAAACAUUCAACCCAAAUGCACAGUUCAAGUCCUACAGUAACAUGGGACACAGUUCUAGUCCACGGGAAAUGAGUGAUGUCAAGGCUUUCAUUCAAGAAGUAUUGAAAGAAUCUUGAACAUUGUUGUAAAGUUGUUUGCUAUAUUUCCAAUGUUGUCAUAGUUAGGAAUGGGAUAACAUGAUUUAUUUUUGUUUUUAGCUAUCCUACAGUCUACCAUUCAUGUAUGUGUAUUUAACAGGAGUCUUUGUAUCUAGAAAAAUGGAAGAAUACUUGCUUAUGAAAGUUGCAUGUAAUUGUAACGUUUGGGCAUUAAGACAAAGAAUAUUUUUAACUUGGUUCAAUACAAGUAUAAUAUUAUGAAUUUAACAAACUAAAGCCUAUAUGCAAGUCAUAUCGUUUUUACAUUAGUUUUUUGUUUUUAGAAGUGAAUAGGCUAUACUUUAUGUAGAAAACAUAAAUAAUGACUUGCAUUUUGUUGUGAACUCUAUUUUUCCCCAUUUGAUUGUUGACCAUUUAGAAGAAACAAGGUUGUCAAGUUGCUUUUUGAAUAUUGUAUCUCUCUACUGAUGUCAAAAUGAAUGCUUUGGUGAUGGUUAUGUUGAACACAUGACCAUGAUUUAAUCUCAACCCAAUGACCUUACUGGUUGUUUUUUUUUUUUGUACUGUUCAAGAAAUCCUUUUCUUUCUUUGGGUUUUUUUUUUUCAACAUCCCUUUAACAUGUUAAAAGUUAGAUGCUUUUCACAUUAAAAUACUAUUUUUGUCUUAAGAUAAGUUUUUUUCAGAUUGCUAUUCAUAAUGCAGGAAAGUAAUGAUCAGUAAAUGACCUUGUGUUAUUUACCAAAGAGAUUUAAUGUUCUUCGGUUGAAAGUUUAUACUUUAUUUUUUAAAAAUGUAUGUCCACUUACUAUUUUAAAUUUGUUACUUCCACUGCAUUAAUUGUUUAGGGCUUUAUUUUAUUUUAAAAGUUGAUUAUUUACUUGAAUUGUAUGUGAUUAAUAUUAAGAUGAUGUCUAUGCAUUACAAAAGAAUCAGGUUUGUGUGGAUUUGACUGAUGAAUAUUGAAUUUCAACACAACUUGUGCUUUCGACCCCAAAAUGUUUUACUAAAAUCAGAAUGGAAACUAACCAUUUUUGUGGGGACAUUUUCUAAUACUUUAUCAGUAAUUAAGGGUGCUGGACAAGUUUUCUUUAUAUUUCAUAACACUUUUUUAAUUAACUAGGCUUUAAAAAGAUUGUAAAAUGUUAUUCGAUGUGAUACAAACUACUUAGCAAAUUAGUUAUGUUCAUAAUGAUAAGUUUCACAACAUAAACUUAUUUGCUUUUUCCUUCCUUACUUAUGGUUGUAUAUCUAAUCACACUAGAGAAAGUAUUUUUAGUAUACUACAAAAGCUUAAUACCCACUAGCUUGAUACUUAUAAUUACUACAGCAAGUCUAUUAUUUUUAAAAUGAAUGUUCAGCACAUUUGUAUUUUUAUUGAAUAAGAACAAAGUCAUUACAAUGUGUUCUAUUUGUUUUAAUCAUUUGGAUUCCAAAAUAAAUAUCUAUGAACAUUUUCAAGCCUUGAUAUUGUUAUUAGAGAACUAAGUAUACUUUGUGUCUGUAUUUCGUUUUGCCAUUAUAUUUUGUAAUCUCCUAUGUUGACUAAUUACUUUCAUAAAAGUUAUAAACAACUCUACUUUAGGUAUUAGGAAUGCAACAAGGUGUUAAACAUUUAAUAUGCAUGCUUCAACAAUAGGUAAAAUGAAGCACAUUUAUUAUCCACUAUUCAACAUUGUAAACAAAUAUUAAAAUUUUAUUUUUUAAAGAC